UUGACAAGUACAUCUCACCUAGGCUCUUCGAACUGAUGUUGAUUCGAGCAUAAGCUCCAGUUCAUGAUGACUACCACAAACCAAACAUAAAAUAUAAGAAUAUAUUCUGUGUGGGGUUGUCACUUUACUUCACUCUACAGUCUAGGCCUCAAAGCUUCAUGAUUGUUAUAAUUGCUACCCAUUAUGAAGUUCAUGAUUGACAUCAUUGAUUCAUCUUUAGUACAGCCAUAUAUAAUUGAAGCUGAACUAGGAUUGAGACUCAUAUCCAUCAAGUACAGCAAAGCAUAGCCAAAGACCAAAAAAAAAACAUUUGCUGGAGAUGUUGAGAAGAGGAGCUGUAACCACAUCUAUGUUAUCAAAUCCCACCGGGUUGGCAGGGUGGUGCCGCCCAAAAAGACGGCUGAGGAGGCGGAGAGGCGCCACUGUUAGGCUCGGGAAUAAGCGCCGGGGAUUCUCUCUUGGAGCACGCCCAGUGGUGCAGUGGGGAUUCAUGGCUGGCCCUAUUCGGAUGCUGAGGAAAAUCAUAACAGAUAUGGUACCAAAUGCACAGUUUAUUGAAGGUGUGUAUUGGUCUUUGCCAUUUCUACGUCCUCAGCUGUUUCCCCUUUGUUAAUUGCAAACUGCAAUUUCUUUGGGUGGUUUUUCUUCUUUCUUCUUAAAAUGUGUAAUAAGGGCUUUCAAGAGUCCUUUUGAUUGAACAGACAGUAUGUGCCUUUGUAAUUACUACAGUUGAAGACAAUCAAAGAUUGAAAGUUAUCUUUUAUAAAGAUUAUGACCUUUUUUUUGUUUUCUUUUUUUCCUUAGAAACUGUUAAGUAUAAGUGAGUUGAUUCAACAAAAAUCCACAUCUGUUUAUGUACAAAUACAUAGAAACACAAUACAAAACCAUAGCAAGUGCUUUGAGCUCCACUUAACUAAAGCAGAGGGUAAUUAGAAGAAAGCCAUGGAAAUAAAGGAAAAGUCCAACAAACAAUCCUAAAACAGGGCAGGAUAACAAGAAGAGAGAAUCUUUUGAAAGUUGUUCUUCUAGCAAAACAUAUUAAAGGUUUACUUUGUACAGAAACCUUAGCCACUUUCUUUGCACAUCACAAAAUUUCCCACCUCCAUAUAGUCCAUUGCAGCAA